AUGGACGACUCUACAAUCAAGCCGGCUCUCUAUGCUGCCUCCACAGUGGAAACGGACUUGAAGCCUACCGCUCAGGUUGGCAGAGAUCAUAUUGACCUACGUCCUCAUGAGUCUUACGAGGGUGCUCACCGCUGGGAUCCGUUGGCGGAAUGGUCUGCCGAGGAGGAGGCCAAGGUUGUGAGAAAGGUCGAUUUCUAUCUGCUAUCCUGGCUCUGUUUGAUGUUCUUCGGCCUUCAGCUGGAUCGCGGUAAUAUUGGAAACGCUCUGACUGAUAACAUGCUACCGGAUCUGGGUCUGACCACGGACGACUACAACAACGGUACCACUGUGCAACUCGUUUGCUUCCUAGCAGCAGAGUUUCCUGUACAGCUUCUGAUCAAACGCUAUGGCUUCAAGCAGAUCCUACCGUUGAUGAUGAUAGGCUGGGGAAUAGUUUCAGCUUUCCAAGCCUUCAUGACCGAUAAGACCGGUUUCUACAUCUGCCGUGCAUUGAUCGGAUUAUUCGAAGGUGGUUUCAUUCCCGGUACCAUUCUCUUUGCAUCUUACUUCUACAAGUCUGCCGAGCUUUCAGUGCGUUUGGCAUGUUUCUGGUCGACUCUUAACAUUGCUCGCGUCAUAUCCGCUCUGUUGGCGGCAGGUAUUCUCAACAUGCGCGGUGUCCAUAAUCGUCCUGGCUGGUUCUGGCUGUUCCUCCUAGAAGGUCUCUUGACAUUCGUGAUUGGUCUCAUGAGCUACUUCUACCUGCCUCAUUCGCCUACACGCACGAAGGGUGUCAUGUGGCGCAGAGGAUGGUUCAACGAGCGCGAAGAAACCAUUCUUGUGAACCGCAUCUUGCGAGACGAUCCUGCCAAGGGAUUGACAGCUAUUCAAGAGCCUGCUACCAUGCGUGACAUCAUCAACACGUGGAAAGAUAGCUCAACAUGGGGACUAUACCUCAUCGGACUGAUCGCCUAUGUACCCGCAGCUCCUGUCAGCGGCUACCUCUCGCUCACACUCAAGCGUCUCGGUUUCUCGACAUUCGACUCCAACAUGCUUACAAUCCCAUCGGCGGUUCUGCAAAUUAUCUUGAUGCUUGGGUUGGCUUACAGCAGUAACCACUUCCUCGAGCGUACUUGGCAUUGCGUUUUCGGAGAAUUCUUCGUCAUGCCGUUGCUCAUCGCACUGCUCGCUCUGCCUGCCGGCGGCAACAACUGGGGUCGCUUCUCCAUCUCGACACUCAUCAGUGGCUAUCCUUACUUCCAUCCAAUCGUCGUCGCAUGGAUCAGUGAGAAUACCUUCGACGUCAAAAAGCGAGCCAUCUCUGCUGCGACUUACAACGUCAUUGUACAAAUCGGCUCGAUCAUGAGCUCUCAGAUCUAUCGCAAAGACGAUGCGCCUUACUACUAUCGCGGUAACAAGGUUCUUGUCUCCAUCUGCGCCUUAUCUCUGGUGGUCUUCGUUGCCCAACGCGAGUAUCUGCGUCUUUUGAACCGACGAAAGGAAAGAGAGUGGUCUCAGAUGAGCACGGAAGAGAAAUUGACCUAUCAAUCUGAUCAGGCUGAGAGAGAAAAGGACGGCAACAAGAGACUGGACUUUAGAUUCCAGUACUGA